GGAGCUCGCUUGCCUGCCUGCCUGCCUGCCGGAGGCACAGUCUGCUUGCUUGCCGGACGGAGGGACGGAGUUGCGGUCGGGAUGGGGUAAAAGCAGCUGGCGUGGCAGCAACCGCAGCAGUGUCGGACCGGAGACUUCAAAAAAAGAAACAUACAAAGUGCACAUGAUGGAUUUACAUCUGCAAAGCAAAGAUUAAUUUAUUUUUUAAGCUGAAGAAGAGGAAUUGACAUAGAGACUGAGAAUAACACUAAGAACUCCUGUUUUGUAAUGGCUGUUUCCAAAAAAAGUCCUCUUUCAAAGAGUGAUUUGCACUAAUAUUAACAUAAAAGCAGAAGGAAAAUGAUACAACAUUUGUCAAUAAGAAUGUUGUGUCUCUUUUAGUACAUUGUAAUUUAUUUUAUUCACAUAAAUUUUCAAGUUUUCAUAUUGUAUUUUUGUCUCCAAAUGUUUUAUUUUUUUUAAAAAAACUAUUCUCAAAUGAAACAGCAGACGUGAUAUUGGCUUAAUUCAAUCUGAAGUAUUGGAAGUCUGAAUAUAGUACUGUGACUUGUUAAAAGCAAUUGUCAGAACAUAUUUUCCCCACCUUGCUCAGAAUUCUGAAAUCUUGAUUUAUAAACACAUACUUGUUUCCUAAAUAAUGGCAUGGGUAAAGUUCCUGAGAAAACCAGGAGGAAAUCUUGGGAAGGUAUAUCAACCUGGAAGUGUGAUGUCUCUGGCUCCAACCAAAGGCUUGUUAAAUGAACCAGGACAAAACAGUUGUUUUCUUAACAGUGCUGUACAGGUUUUAUGGCAACUUGACAUAUUCCGACGAAGUUUAAGAGGAUUAACAGGACAUGUUUGUCAGGGUGAUGCCUGUAUUUUCUGUGCUUUAAAGACAAUAUUUACACAGUUCCAGCACAGUCGGGAAAAAGCUCUCCCAUCAAAUAAUAUGAGGCAUGCCUUAGCUGAAAGCUUUAAAGAUGAACAACGAUUUCAACUUGGCUUUAUGGAUGAUGCAGCAGAAUGUUUUGAAAAUAUCCUUGAGAGAAUCCACUAUCACAUAGUUCCAAGCAGUGAAACGGAUAUGUGCACAUCUAAGUCCUGCAUUACUCAUCAAAAGUUUGCUAUGACCUUAUAUGAACAGUGUGUGUGUCGUAGUUGUGGGGCAUCUUCUGAUCCCUUGCCUUUCACAGAAUUUGUGCGUUACAUUUCAACAACAGCACUGUGCAAUGAAGUUGAUAGAAUGUUGGAACGACAUGAGCGGCUGAAGCCUGAAAUGUUUGCAGAACUGCUUCAGGCUGCAAACACUACUGAUGACUUCAGGAACUGUCCUAGUAACUGUGGACAAAAAAUAAAAAUCCGUCGUGUUCUAAUGAAUUGCCCAGAAAUUGUCACAAUUGGUUUAGUCUGGGAUUCAGAACAUUCUGACCUAACAGAAGACGUCAUCCGGAAUUUGGCAACUCAACUUUAUCUUCCAGGGUUGUUCUACAGGGUUACAGAUGAACAUGCCAAAAAUAGUGAGCUUUUUCUUGUGGGGAUGAUUUGCUAUGCAAGCAAACAUUACUGUGCCUUUGCCUUUCAUACCAAGAGUUGCAAGUGGGUGUUGUUUGACGAUGCUAAUGUGAAAGAGGUUGGAACAAAAUGGAAAGAUGUGGUGUCCAAGUGUAUUCGGUGUCAUUUUCAGCCGUUGCUGCUAUUUUAUGCAAAUCCAGAUGGUACACCUGUAUCAACAGAAGAUGCACCUCGACAGAUAAUUCACUGGUCACAUUACAAAGCUGCUGCAGGAACUGGAGAAGAAAUUGGAUUUGAAAAGUCUGCUUUUCCUAAGUCAGAUCGUACCAGAGAGAAUGGAUUUGGAGAAUCUAUUACUCAAAAAAACACUAAAAAAUUUCAGCCUGAAAGCUCAGCCUUUAAUCGAAACCAUGUUCAGCCUAAUGGUAUCCGAGGGUCAGGAAAAUUAGGACAUAAUGAGCAAAAAGAAAAGGCAAAGGACAUUUCAAGAGAGUGUGCUCAGAAGGUUGCCGAAAUGAAAGGUUUAUCAUCUUCUUUAAGAAAGGAUGUAGACAGAGGAUCAAAGAGAGAAUCUGGAAAACAAAAAGACCUGUCUGGUGACGUUCGCACUAACUUUAAGCCAGGAUCACCACCUUCUGGAAAUGGAUUUAGGCAACAUUCUAAUGAACGUAUGUAUAGUAGUCAAGGGAGAGGACCUUACAAACAUGAAAAAAUACACAACCAAAUCAGAUCCAAUGUGCAGGUAUUGAGUUCAAAUAAAACAGAUGGCCUUUCUGAUGGAGAGAAGGCGAGUCGCAUGAAAGCUGAUGGCAUCACCGGUUAUGAUACAGACAGCAGCCAAGACUCUAAAGACAAAGGAAGUGUCAGUAGCAGCAGAAGUCGAAGUAGAGGUUGGAAGCCCAUGCGAGAAACACUGAAUGUAGAUAGCAUCUUUAGUGAACCUGAGAAAAAAGAGCAUAGUUCAAAGCCCAAACUAAAUGCAAGUAGCAAACCUAAACAUGAAAAGGAGCAGAGUUCAAACAACUGGCCAAAAGAAAAUCCAAGUCAAAAAGCCUUGAUGACUAUUUAUGAAGAUGACACAAAGCAGAUGGGGAGCCGAAGCUCCUUGGAUUCAGAAGAGAAGGGAAAUGCAGAAAAAGGCAAAGGAUUUAUAGAAAGAAAAGGUCAUAACGACACUUGGCAGAUGCAGAGAACUGAGUCUGGUUAUGAAAGCAGUGAUCAUAUCAGCAAUGCAUCUGCCAAUCUGGAUUCACCUGUCAUCGAGGGAAGCAGCCCAGUUGAUACCACUGUUACCAAAGAGACAGCUUCGUGCAGUGAUCAGAAUCUGUCUGCCAGAUAUCCUGGGUGUGUUUUGCAGACUACCUCCCAGCAGAAUAAAAACUGUGAUGGUUUGAAGAAAGAAGAUGUUAAUACUCAUAUUAACUACAGACCUCAUAAUAUAUCUUCUACAUCUCAUCAUCAAGUGUGCAGUCCACCAUUGAAAAGAAUUGAUGUACCUGAUUGCAAUAAGAAGUUUUUCCCUUCAUUAACACUGCAGACCACUUUAAAGAACUGUACUGACAGGGAAAUGAAGAACAGUGCAUUAAGUGAGCAAAGCUCCUCACAGUGGUCUAAUGAUGCUACCUUUGGUGACGCAAAUAUACCAGUACAUAAUGCUGACAAUUCAGCUUGUUCCUACAAUGGUGAGAAUGCAAUAGGAUCUGAAAGAGUUCAGAACAAUGAUUCUUUCUCUCCCCAUUUGCGUAUGCCUGCCGCACAGAUAGCAAGGUCCAGGCCAGCACUUGCAUUUUUCUUACAGCAGAAUACAUCCAAGCCCUCCUGUUCUGAAUCAAUUCCAUUUGCUGAGCCUAAAAUUCCUUUGUAUGGAUGCAAGACUGAUGAUACGCAAGAAGCAAUUUACCAAAAUCUUCCUCCUCCUUUACCACCAAAGAAAUAUGCUCUGACCUCUUUGCAUGGAUUAGAACAUGAAUCCACUGUAGAUUCAAGAGUAACAGAUGUAUUGUGCACAAAUCCUUCAAAUAGUGGAAGGCAUGUUACAAGUAUUACUUCAAAAACUACACCUGAAACAAGUCCAUUUGCAGAUGAAGAAAGGCUUAAGGCAUCAUUUCAUGGGAAUGAAUCCUCGAAAACGGAUUUUCCAUCAAGUUCAUCAGUAAAUAAUUUGUGGGCUGUGUCAAGCAAUAGUGCAAAUAAAGAGGCUUGUUUUACAGGACCAAAUAAUAGCUCAUUAGAUGCGAAUGCAAAUGAUAUUGUAUCCCUUACCACUUAUUUUUCAGUUGAUAACUGUAUGACUGAUACAUAUAGGAUGAAAUAUCACCAGAGACCCAAGCUGUACUUUGCUGAUUGCAGUAUGUUGAGCAAAGAUGCAUCUUUACCACCAACUGGAAUGCAGACGAAUGCUUCACACCACAAUACAUCUGAAUCUAAUUAUUCCACAACUGAGCAAAGGCAUAGACCUUCCAUUGGAAAUGUGUAUUGCAAUAGGUAAAGAAAGAAUGUUAUGAAAAAAAGAGAAAUCCUUUGAACUCCAGUAUGAUGAAUUGGGUGUCUGUACCUCACCUAAACGUCACAGUUACAGUUAAUGAGAUGAAUUUUGCACAUGUGUGAGUGAUCAAGACAGAUGCAAAGACUUUUUGUUACGUACUCAUGGAUCUGUCUUUUCUGCUUUAAAAGGUGUGCCCAUUAUAAGCUAACUUAGAAUGCAGCCAGAAUUGUUACAAAAAGUCCCUUUUACAUUUUAUUUAACUUGAUAAAUAGGAAUAGCUUGCUUUGUACAACUAAUGAAUGCUGCUCCUUUUUACAUGACUUGGUUAAAAAUACCUUCUCAAAACAAAUUGUGUAAAUUGAUAUGAAAUGUCAUGUUUUGAUUCUGGUUCUACAAUAACUUGGAUAGUUACAAAUCUAUAUUUUCCAUAGAUUACGUUAUACACUUUCCUUAGAUUCCAUUAUACAAGUCAUUUGCCCUUUUAAUCUUCAACUGCCAUGCUGGUUAAAACUGUAGAAAAUAUUAAAACUUUGUAUUUCCUCAGAUUGCUGAAUAAUUUAAUAUUCUGUAGUUUUAAAAUGAGAUGCAGAAGACCCAUCCUUUAACUUUUAUUGCUCUAACUAAAUUAACCAUGGUUGAAAUAUUAUGGAGACUAUUCAUUUUGUUUCUGUAUCAACAAACUUAGAGCCAAAGGAUACAUGCAGUAACGAUGUACAGUCCUCAUACCUAUCUAUGCUACCAUUUUGAAAAAUUUAGGUUUUUGCCUGUACAUGGAAAUUAUGAUGGUGUGUAAAAGACCUCGUAAAAAUGGAAAGGUUAUAGUCCUGUGUGAACUGGACUAUCUCACUAUGGCAUGUGUCAUUCCAUUCCUGGUACAUAUGAACAAAGAUGAAUAUUUUAUUUCAGGUAGAGGUGGACUAAUGUGGACUGUAUGCUGCAUCUCAUCCUCCACAUUUGUUUUCCAGGCUUUUUGUAGCUUUGUGAGCUGGUCACUUCCAUGGGAAAAAUCCUCACAAGCAAUAUAAGAAACAACAAUAUAAGAUACACUGCUGUCAUUGUCUGUCUCAUGAUAGGCUUCCCUAGGGAGGGACCAGCUCUCUAAGGAGAUCAUUCUCAGUUAUGAGAAUGAAAUGGAAAAAGUAUUCCUUAAGGUACCUUAGGGUACAAGCCCUGCCUAAGAAUCCUGUUUAGAAAUCCUUGGACGAUUGUGAAAAAUGAAGUGCAUUAAAUGGGAGUGUUACUUUGAUCUUCCCUCAUUUUUCGGUACUCCUAAAAAGUUACAGUAGUACUAAUACUACUGUGUUGCCUUGUUUAACUACUAAGAUGGAAGUUUUCCUUGCUGUUGUAGGCUUGCUUUAGAACUUCUAUUUUGGUCUCAUCUGGAAUCUAUUAAAUGCUGGAGAGAGAUGCUGACAGACCAGAACUAUGCACUGAAUGGUAUUAAUAAUCAGAAAAAAACCCAAAAAACUGAACUAUGGAAAUAGAUUUUAUAGUUAUCAGUAAUCCGCCACUUAUCUGAGUUGAGUCAGUUGUUUCUGUUGUUCUAGAUAUCUUUAACAUUUGUCUGUCCAGAAAUUUCCUAGUAUUUGAGAUGCCUUAAUGAGUGAUUUAGAUUUUAUUUUAAUAUAUAUAGUAAUAACUAGAAUUUUAAAUAGCAAUACUUAGAUGUUCCACAGAGUUAAAUACUGCAAAUCUUGCAUAGCAUCUAUGUGUACUAGAGUUCUUUUAGAGCUGUUCUUUGUGCUGCAGAAAAGAUUUUCAUAUCAUGAGUUGUAUAAAUAUAUUUUUAUAUAAAAUUUGCUGUGGAAAAUAGUAUUUAAAUCUCUGCAUGCAUGGAAAAUGCUGUUUGGUUUUCCUAAUGUCUUAAUUUAAAACUUCCAGCGAGGGCAUGGAAAAAUAUUUCUUAGAAACUCCUGUCAUGAUCAGAAAACUGGUCUUAAAGCAGUUCUUUUUUGAAGAUUUCAGUGGAAUUCCCAUCUAGUUUACUAUAUAAUAAAAAAUAAAUUGUAUGACACUCUUUUAAAAAUUACUUUUGAUAAGCAUUUUGACUGUAGGCCUACAAAGAUCAAAUACUUGCACUGCUGGAUUGUGUACAGAAUGCAAGCUUGUGCUUUUAACCAAAUGGCAAGAAUGAUAGCAUAAUCUCCCAAGGCUAGUAGAGAUUGUUGGUUCAUUAAAGACAUUAAUCAGUUCCAUGAUUCCACCUGGUAUGCUAGGGAGUAUUUCCAUACUCCUGGAGAGAAGGCAACUAUUGCAUUGUGGUAUGUCACAUCUUUCUGACAUUCUCAGUUGCAGCCUUGUAAAAACGCUUCAUUUGAACAAGACCUCUUGUAUUUAUAUUGCUGGAGUCUUAACCAUAUGUAAUCUAAGAUUUUUUUUAGGUUUGCAGCAGACCAAAUAUCUGAACAGUAGUUGCUUUAAAUCUUGUUGCCUCUUUUCUCCUUCCUGUCUGUAGUACUUAAGAAUACUUCAGAAGAAAAGUUUUAUUUUAAGCAUGCAUCUAUAAGAUUUUUUUGAUUGCAAGUAAAACUGAAUCUAUCCUUUUAGCAUUGGACAGAAGGAAGUUUAUUCAAAAGCAGCUGUGUAAUGUUACUGUUUGUUAUUACUUUUUAAGUGGAACUUUUAAAUCUCAUUUCAUUAUUCUUACACAGGUAAUGUGUAAUAGUUUAAAGCCUUCAUAGGUAGAAGUUGAAUUGCCAUAACUACUGGAAUCUGUAAAUACAUUUGAAAACUCUUACUGAAAUUAUGUAUUUGAAAUUUGCAGUAUUUAUGUAAACACUAACAAGUGUGAGUAAUCUGCUGUAAGAGCAUUACUACAUUUUAAAAAUGUGCAUAGCAAAUGUUCACAUCUGUACAAAUAAGUCUCUAACUUGUAGAUUUGUGAGCACAAUUAGUAAAUGUACUCUGCUUAUGAGAAAGCUCUUUCAAAAUCAUACAAUAUCCCUGUACAUGUUCAUCUGUCUUUCACUCUUUUGUACAGACCUGUGGCUAUCAGGUAAUGCUCAUUUCAUCCUAAUUUAUGGUUAAUUUUUAUAACUGACCUUGCACUCUUACAUAGAUUAAUAUUAACUAGCAAAUACACAGAGAUUGAUUUUUGACUUCUCUGGGGUGCCUAUUUUUAUAACGAUCCCUUCAGAUUAUAGAUUUGUAUGAUUUUUGUAUUGCUUAAUGCACUUGAACAUGUCUUGUAAAGAAUAUUUUGUCUUUAGAAAAUUUUAAUCCAAAGGUGCAUUUUCUGCUUGUUCAAACUGUCAGAUAAAAUGGAAAUUAACCUCU